AUGUACACAGUCGGAUGGGCACUGGCGGCCUGGCUGCUCUGCGCAGCGGCGACCUGGGCGCAGGAAGGCAUCGCUCCCGGCGCCGACGAAGCGGCCCUGCUGGCGCUGCGCGGCUCCAUAACCAACUGGCCAGCCUUUGCCGCCGCCAACGCCAUCCGAGGCUGGGACAGCAGCCUGCCGCUGUGCCAGUGGACAGGCGUGGCCUGCACGCCGGCUGGGAGCGUGCAGAGCGUGUCUCUCCAGUGCGAGGGCUGCCCGGUGCAAGCGCAGGGCAGCCUGCCCGCCGCCCUGGCCGACCUCGCCGCAGCCACCACGCUCAACCUGCAGGGCAACGCGUUUGGCGGCGGGCUGCCUCGGGAGUGGGGCGCCCCCGGAGCGAUGCAAGCGAUGCAGAGCAUGUAUCUAAAUGACAACCAGCUGACCGGCAGCAUCCCCGAUAGCUGGGGCAGCCCCGGGGCCUUCCCCCAGCUGUCCCUGCUGCGAGCAGACGGCAACCGCCUCGGCGGCAGCCUGCCGGCCGGCUGGGGCGGCGGCGGCGGCGGCGGCGGCGGCGGCGCGGGCGGCAGCCAGAGCCUGCCCAACCUGCUGGUGCUCCGCCUGUCCCGCAACCGCCUCAGCGGCGGGCUGCCCGAGGCGUGGGGCUCUGCGGGCGCCUUCCCUCGCCUGCAGAUACUGUCCCUGCAGAACAACUCGCUCACCGGAGCGGUACCAGCUUCCUGGCAGGACCCAGGGGCCAUGCAGUACCUGCAAGAGCUGUACCUGCAAGAGAACCAGCUGGCGGGGCAGCUGCCGAGCAGCUGGGGCACCGCCGCCAGCUGGCCCGUCCUGCGCUUCCUGUACCUCGACUCCAACCCGCUGACAGGCACGUUGCCGCCAGAGUGGGGAGAGCAGGGCUCCUUCCCGGCCCUCAAAGUGCUGGGGCUGAACGGCACGCUGCUGACAGGCACGCUGCCGCCACAGUGGGGAGCUGGCGGCUUUGCCGCGGCCGACGCGUUCUGGCUGGAGCGCAAUGAUUUGAGCGGUACCGUGCCCGCCGCCUGGGCCGGCCUGGCCAGCCUCAGGCGCCUGGUGCUGCGCCCGGGCAACCCGCGGCUGUGCGGGCCUGUGCCCCCAGGCCUGCCCUUUGCCGUUUGCACAGAUCAAGACGUCUCCUGCCUGAGGGAGCAGCCCACCCUGUUGGAUGGCGAGUGUGCGGCAGCGGCAGCAGGCGGCGGCGUGCCGGCGCCGGCGCCAGCGGCGGCAGACGAGGGCAACAGCGGCGGCGGCGGGGUGUCUGCUGCAGCCAUCGCGGCGCCCGUGGCGGCGGGAGCGGCCGUGCUGGCCGCCGCGGCCGCCUGGGCUGUGGCUCGGCGGCGGCGGCGGCGGCGGCGGGGUGGCGGGGCGGGGCAGGCGGCGGAUGAGCGGGGGCUAGGCGGGAUGGCUCAUCCGUUUGAUACAGAAGAGGGGCGGGCGGCCCUCACCUCCCCCUUUGCCGCUGGAGCCUUCCAGGCCGGCGCCGCCCGCAGCCACUCGGGCUCCUCCUGCCACCCGGCGCCACCCGCGGCCAGCGGCGGCCACAGUGCGGACGCCGCGCGGCAGCGCAGCGCCAGCCCCGCGCUGCGGCGGGGGCCCCACGACAGCGUGGGCACGAGGAGCAGCUCCAUCUCAGGAGGCAGCAGCGCCCGCAGCUACCUGGCAGCCAAGUGUGCCCGCAUAGAGACAAAGAGCAUUGGCCUCUCGCCCAGCGGCGCAUACCUGGCGGGGACGGCCGCAGGCGGCAGCAGCUCGGAGAGCACCGGCGGCGGCGGAGGCGCGGGCCGGGCGCCGGCCACGCCGCCGCCCGGCGGCGCCGGCGCGCUGGAGCUGCAGCCGGUGGCGGCGGCGGCGGCGGCGGCGGGGCUGAGCCCGUCUGAGGCUGAAGAGAGGGAGAUGGUGGGGGCGAUGCUGUCGCCGCAGGGGGGCAGCAGCGACCGGACGUCUGCUGAGGAGGGCAUGCCCAGCCCCUACCCCGAGCUGCCGUUCAGCGACUGGGAGAUCAGCCCCGCGGAGAUUGAGAUUGUGAAGCGCCCAGACGGCUCCGACUGGUCGCUGGGCAGCGGCGGGUUUGGCAAGGUGUACAAGGCAUUGCGGCACGGCGUGCAGCCGGUGGCGGUCAAGGUGCUGGCCACGCAGGGCGAGAUGCGGCAGGUGGCACUGGCCGACUUUAGAAAGGAGAUUGCCAUUCUGAAGGCCUGCCGCGACGUCAACAUCGUGCAGUUUGUGGGCGCCUGCCUGACGCCCGACCAGACCAUGCUGGUGACAGAGUAUAUGGAGGGAGGCAACCUGUCCAGCAACAUCGCUGCGGGGAGGGUGGGCUGGUACCGGCGCGGCAAAAAGAUUGCGCUGGACGUGGCACGCGGCCUCGUCUUCCUCCACUCCCGCCGCAUCGUCCACUUCGACCUCAAGUCGCCAAACAUACUGCUGACGCGGGAUGGUACUGCCAAGAUAGGGGACGUGGGCAUGGCCAGGAUCAUUGCGCGGGACUAUGUGACCGGCGUGGUGGGCACGCUGGCCUGGUCUGCCCCCGAGAUGCUGUGGGGCGAGCGGUGCACCGAGAGGGCAGACAUCUAUUCGUAUGGCAUCGUGCUGUGGGAGAUCUGCUCCGGGGAGAAGCCGCUGCGGGGCCAGCUGCGCGACCUGCGGGUGCCGCAGGAGUGCCCCAGCGGGGUGCGGGACCUGAUUCUGGAGUGCCUGGAGACGCGCCCCUCCCGCCGCCCCUCUGCCUUCGAGCUGGUGCAGCGGCUGCAGGCGCUUCCCGGCGAGCCACCCAGCGGGGUGCGCCCCACGCCGUCGCCCUCGCAGCCCAGCUCGCAACCCACGCCCUCUGUGGCAGGCAGCUCUCCCUCCGCCUCCCGGCGGGCCGCCAACGCCUCUGCCGCUGCCCCGGGCCAAGAAGCAGCAGCAGCAGCGGCAGCAGCAGGCAGCGCCGAACCCAGCGGCACAGCCGGCGUGCGCUCGGCAGACGGCGCUCCCGCUGGCCGGGGAGCAGCGUCGGCAGCAGCGGGACGAGGAGGGGCCGGUGCUUCUGCCGCUGCGCUAGCGCUUCGGGUGCUGGGGAUGCGGUCCCGCUCUCUGGACCUGUCGCCUCUGUCAGACACAGCGGCAGCCCGCCUGCAGCAGUGGCGGGAGGGCCAGCCUGGCGCCGCCGAGGCAGCUGCGGGGGCUGCCGCCGCGGAGGCGCAGCGGCGCCGGGAUCAGGGCCGCUCCGGAGGCAGCGGCGUGCGGCGCAGCUUCUAG